CCAUCGACCGACCCCCAAAUCGUCCAACCUGAUUGAUUGUCGUUCGUUGUCUAUUUUGAAGAGAGAGAGAAACGAAAGGGUUCUUAAUUAGCUACCAAGCCCUACUCUGAUCUCUUGGCACACUCGGAAUACCGCACCGCUGCGAAUCUACUCUCUCCAAGAUGGCAUUGCGGGAGAGCUUAGACAGAUUCAAGAAGCAACAAGUGAAGUGCCAAUCAACACUGACCAGCAUUGCAGCUAAAGCAGGGCCUUCUAGGGCUGCUGCAAACAAUCAGAAAGUUCCACCCAGUCUUCCAAAUCCAGCCAGACCAAAAUCUGAUCCUGUGCCAGCAGUCAAAUUUUCAAAUGAUACAGAGAGGCUUCAGCACAUAAACAGCAUAAGGAAAUCUCCUGUUGGGGCUCAGAUUAAGCGUGUUAUUGGCUUGCUAUUUGAGACAAGGCAACCAUUAACACCACAACAAAUAAAUGAAGCAUGUUAUGUGGAUAUUAAUGCUAACAAGGCUGUCUUCGACAGCUUGAGGAAUAACCCGAAAGUGCAUUAUGAUGGAAAAUGCUUCUGUUAUAAGUCAAAACAUGCUGUGAGAGACAAAGAUCAAUUACUUUACCUAAUUCGCAAAUUUCCAGAGGGACUUGCCAUCGUCGAUCUGAAAGAUUCAUACUCAAAUGUUAUGGAGGACCUGCAGGCCUUGAAAACUGAUCGUCAGGUAUGGCUUUUGUCUAACUUCGACUCACAUGAGGACGUCGUAUAUCCCAAUGAUCCCCGAAUACCCAUUAAGGUUGAUGAUGAAUUGAAGCUGCUAUUCCGAGAAAUUGAACUUCCGAGUGAUAUGAUUGACAUUGAGAGGGAUCUUCAAAAGAGUGGCAUGAAGCCUGCUACAAACACAGCCAAAAGAAGAGCCAUGGCUCAAGCACAAGGCGCACCCUCCAAUUCCAAGCCCAAGAAGAAAAAGCAUGAAAUUAGCAAGAGAACCAAAAUUACAAAUUCUCACCUUCCGGAGCUAUUCAAGAACCUUAACGUUCCCGGUUCUUAGUCGUGGAGCUUAUUACACAUGGCAAUGAGGAAAUCAACCAUUACUGGGAAUGAUCGUGGGCUGAACUUUUUGUUGCUGAAGAAAGUCAAUACUUUUUCAAUCCCAUUAUGUUUUUCUUACUGGUGGGUUAAGUUUAUGUGAACUCACCUCAUUUAUUGAACUGUUUGCUUAUAACUCAUUUUUCAUAUAUGUGCUGAAACCUGAUGAUUGAAGGGGUUUACCAAAGAAUAAUUAAACA